AUGGCGGCUAUCCGUUUGGAAGAUUUCAUGGUGGCGUCGUAUGAUAUCACCGAUAGGGAGCCUGCGAGAAAACUAUGUAUGCGUAGAAAGACAGAUGAAAGAGUCAAGAUUCACGUAUACGUAGAGACGAAGAGUGGGUUCGAGCGAGGAUCCUCGGACGUAGAAAAUCGAAAAUGA